GCAUCAUGAAGGUCUCUAUGGCUGUGCUUACUGCCCUCCUGUGCACCAUGACCCUCUGCCACCAGGUCUUCUCUGCAUCAGUGGGUGCUGACACGCCAACAGCCUGCUGCUUCACCUAUGUGUCCAAGAAGAUUCCACGCCAGUUCAUAGCUGACUGUUAUGAGACCAGCAGCCAGUGCUCCCAGCCCGGGGUCAUCUUUAAAACCAAGAGAGGCCGGGAGGUCUGUGCAAAUCCAAGUGAGGCCUGGGUCCAAGAAUACAUGAAUGAUCUGGAGCUCAAUGCCUGAGUGGCCUAAAAGCAGCCAGGAACCCACAGACCUUCAAGAUGACCAAGGACCUACAUCUUGGAAACAACCUGUGACCGCAAUGGCUACCUCUCCUGUGGGAAAUUUUAACUUAAGUCAAUAUUUAUUUGUGAUAUUUAAUUUUUUAAUUUUAUUUUUAUUUUCAUACUGAGUUUGUGACCAGUUGUAUGAACGAUCUCAGGAUAUCUUCUUCACCACUGGUCUUCUUUCCCUUUUUCAUCAUGUUUGAUGACAGUUGAGCAUCUAUCACCAGCUAGUUUGAG